AUGGUCGUUACUCUGCUUGGAUCUUUCAAAUUACUUAUGAGACAGGCAAGUACGACUAUUAAAGCAGAAAUUGUUCAUGCACAUAAAAUUGAGGAGGUCGUGAGUGCAAUCAAACAAGAAUGGAAACAAAGAGACGUCCGUCUUUUUGCCGUUGUAUAUAUUAAUAAACGUCAGUUCAAAGUAUCGGAGAAUGAUUUGAUUGCUUUAUAUGACAAUGUACCCUUGGAUGUGGGUGAUAAGAUUAAGUUAGAAAAGAUUUUGGCAAUUGGUGGCAAAAACUUUACACUAUUUGGUCGACCACUGAUACAUUCACCAAUAGUAACAGUUAACGCCACUGUUGUUGAAAAAACAACAUCUUAUCCACAGCUCAGAUAUAUGAUGAACAACCAUACAAAAGCGCGAACUUUGCAUUGGAUGAGCCGUGAAACGACGAUACUAAGGAUAAAUAACAUUAAAGUUGAAAGGAUGGAUUUGUGA